UGUCGUUUUCGCAACUAACGUGCGCAUAUGAGUUGCGCAGUUCAUCAUGGCGGCCAGUACAAACUGAGAGACAUGUCAGCACAAGUUUCCUGUUGUACUGUUGAGCUUCGGGGAUAUAUUCGGUGUCAGGUUUUCAUCCCACUGUUAGUGUUGUGAUAAGAAGAGUGAAGCAGGUGCCCCUUGCAGCAGUGCCGGAGAUGUGUGGACACAGUCAAGCGUUGGAGCCAGCCAUACUUCAACACCUCCCCCGUCUGUUGAUUAGUCUUGCCUGGCUGCCUGAUGGUAUCAAAUAUUCACAGGAUGAGUGAUUAGUGAACCAGAAGCUGUGAUCCCUGGCAGGUGGUUGGAGGUGAUAUCAGUGGCAGGAGGUGAUAUCCGUGGCUGGAAAUGCAUUGAUUUCAAGAAGCAGGAAUCGAAGCUAAUCAAUGAUUCAUGUGUUUCUGUGAAGGAGCACCUUGUCGAGGGUCUCCUUCAUGGAGUGUGGGUCUCUUGGCAUGUGUACUGUGGUAUAUUUAGAUUCUUUGACUGUUAUCUCUUGGGAUGGAUAAGAACUCUUGACACCAGUAUGCAGUACAUAUAUGACAAGGAAAGGUUAUGGAAGUCUGUCCCGGCCAAGAAGAAAUUGGGGAGCAGAGGAGCAAGAGCGGCGUUCAGGGAGGUUCAGGAUGUGAAAAGAAAGUUGGAUUUUCAUAAUGAUGAUGAAACAUUGAGGUCUGAAUUCCUCUCCAAGAUGACUGACCUGAGAGGUCUGAUUAGUCCUAGAAAAUCGGCACGCUUUAACUCCAAGUCUGAUUCUCACGCUAGUAACAGAGGAAGAGCUGUUGAUGUUGUUUGCUGGUCUGCCUCGGUGAACGAGUUUGAUGACCUUCGGCAUAAUGAUUACUUUUCUGGGAGUAAUGAGGACCUGGUUUCCAGAAGGGAUUCCGGUCAAACACGCAGAGAGCGGAACUACUGUGUUGUGAACUAUAGUAGUGAUCCAGCUGAUUUCGGUGUUGUCAGAAUUGAUGAUGGGGAUGAUGAUGAUGACGAUGAUGGGCUUAGAGUGGUGGAAGAAACGCUCCAGAGAAACUCACAAUCAAAAUACAGAGGCAACAACAGUGAGGCAGAUUCAAUGCAUGUUCGCCAUCAGGAGAAAUUACAUCACAACAAUGGAUUCCAGAAUGACGUUUUCAAGAGACCUAAAUCAAUUUUGUUGUCUCAAAAAAUCUCAGAAAGAGACUUUGUUGAUGAGGUUGAUAAGAAGGUUUUGUUACAUCGGCUUGAAACUCGAGUCCGAGAGAAGCGUUUAAAGAAGCAGAUUGCUGACAUCAAAAACACAUUACAAGAUCGAGUUCUGGAUGACAGCUCUGUGUCUGCUGAUUCCUACUCAUCACAUGUGUCUGUUGAUCAGGCUGUUAAAACUCUUGAAAUACUCUCAGAUGCCUUGAGGAAGUCGGACAGUUCAGUGGGUUACAGUGGUAACAGAACAGGCAGUUUGAGAGUUGGUUGUGAAGUACUUAAAAAAUCUAAACAAGAACGUACGUCUGAUUUCAGCCCUGAAGAUCCUGGCAAUGAAUUUCAACGACCGAGAAAUACAGUGAGGUCUUCCGAGAGUAAGAGACUAUCCAGUUCACUGCUGAGCAGCUCAUCAUCAGUUCGGCCAGUGCAGACAAACGUGGACUUGUCAAGGAGUGAUGGACUCCUUAAUGAGGAUGUUAGGUCAAAUGGUCACAACCAACAGGAUAGAGUCAGGGACUUACCAUGGGAAAGACAUUCUCUUAGGAGUUCUAAGUAUUCUGACAGAGUAGUGGUGAGCAAAGAUGUUGAUUCCCCUGUCAAACAGUCGAGAAAUACUGAUCGUUCUACUGUUAAUUACUUGCGUAAACAUGAUAAGGAAGACUUUCUCUCAAAGUCAGAUGGUCAGAGGUACAGAAAUGGCAAUCAUUUAACACAAGACAGAAGGUCGUCAUCACUUGGACAUUUUAAACAGCAGCAAUCGAAGGAAUGCGAUGGCAACAGUAUUACUGAUGCUUCAAAUGGUUGUCUUUCAAAAAGAAUACUGAGACAUGAAAACUCACAGAAAGUCAGAGGUACUGGUCCUGACCUGGAAAUGUCCCCAGAUUCUGAUGAAGGCCCUUUGACUCUGACUGAGUUGGACACUGAUUCCAACUCUGAUUGGAUUCUGGAGAGGGGGACAGAUUCUGGUCACAGAUCCCAUUUGACUCAUGGCCGGGGUGUUUCAGGCAGAGAAAUGCUUGAAGAUGAAGAUGUAAGGAGGCGUGAAUCAGUGCCCAAUCAUAUUUCCCAAAAACGCUUCUCUCGGGAACAUGGCCACACAGGCCCUAUAGCCAGGGAACAGAAAGUAGGGUCUUCUAAGGUACAUUCAGAUAAACACAGUGAAGGUCAUGCAAAAAGCAGACACGAGGAGCACUCAGUGUCCAGGACAGGUAAUGGAAUGGUUUUGCUUUCAAAAAGCUAUAAACCAGCUUGUAAUCGGAGGAAAGAUGAAAGGAAGACAAGGAACGACCUGUGUGUUGGUGAUGCGGAGACUCUUACUUUAGCUGAUGUGCAGCGGUUUCACAGAGAGGUGGAGAAAAGACUCAAUGGAUGUGACGAUAAUGUAGGUGUAGAUGCUUAUGUUGGAGUGAAGGAGAAGGACAGAAAGAGAAAUAAGCCUUCACAAAAAAACGGAGCUCAAAAGAUUGUGCAUGGUGAGAAGAAAACAAACAUUCAGGGUAUUAACAAAUAUAGUAAGAAGUUGCCUCCAGGACUUCCCGGGACCUUAAGGCCAAACUCGCCAUCCAAACAGAAGGGGGUGUUGAUUCCUGGGGGGAUUAGUCAUGUUUCAACUCGAGUCAAGCCUCGGGAUGGCCGUGGCAACAGGCUGUCCAACACGAAGAAUUCUUCUCAUGGACAGCCUGUGCCAGAUAAAGCAAGCAGAAAUGGAGUCAUAUCUUCAGAGUCCAAUGCUGUUCAAGUAUCAGCAGAUAUCACAAUUCCCGACCUUCUUGGUGUGCGUAUUACAAAAACCAUAACCAGACAGAAGGACGGUCAUCGGGACCUGGAUGUGAGGGAUUUUCCAGAGAAACGUAAACUAAACUUGUCGUUUGAAGAUUCACUUGAUGGAGGACACAGUGUCCAGUGUGAAGUUCAAGGUUAUGACCUUGACUUGAAAAGUGAUAUCAAAGGUCAAAGGUCACAAAAGGCAGAUGACAUCAGAGACAGGUCAAAUAAUAGAUACAAUCAAAAUUCAAGAAAUGAUGAGAAUGGGAUUGUUGGGAAUGAGUCUGACAAAUCAGGGAAAGGUUUCAUGGAACCAAAAGUGAAUGACAGGCCUACUUCACCAUGUCUUCUCAUUCAGGACAGACUCGGUUCAUCUGAACAUAACAGAAGUAACAGUGUUUUAGUCAAGGGGGAAGCUAAUGUGACAAAAAGCCUUGGAAUUCUCAGCAAUGAGUUGUUGAAAGAAACUUUUUUGUCAAACUGUGUGAACAAACUUGGAAGGAUGAAUGGAAACAGGAUUGAUGACUUAGAGCUCUCCAGGAAGAACAAUGAUCUUAGGGAUGACCUUGGCCCGGCAUCUGUGUUUGAGCCGCCAGAGAGGGAUACAUCCACACCCAUCAAAAAACGUGAGCCGUACCAGGGAAACCCACUUCUCACCAACAAUCAGACCAGCUUCCUACAGUCAAAUGGCAGUGCCGCCGACACGAUCAUGGCACACAUCCACAACCCUGACACUCUGCGUCUGCUCACAAACCUGUACCAGGCAGACGACACUAGUAGGAAGGAUCUCAUCAUUCUGACCCAGCACUUCAAGACAUGGCAAACCAAUGCAAAACGACAGAAAGAGCACCGCCAGAACCGAGACAUCUUCAUGAACAGGGCCCAGAAGUUCCUGGUGAACCACCUCCUAGUGCGAUACUUCUAUACCUGGCAUUCCCUGGCUCAGGACCAACGGCAGAACAGGGUAGCCACAGAUCUCUUCAGACAUCAUAUGCUGAAGAAGGGACUGGAUGCCUUCCGCUGGGCCAUCAGUCGGUCCAUGCACAGGCAGGACAUGCUGAGUCACCGUGUGAACACCAUCCAACUAACAGCAGCCUUCAACAAGUGGCGAGACAGGGCAGACACCAGGCGACAGACCAGACUGGAGAUGUCCUUUCAGACCUGGCGAGACUUCACCCUGGAGGCACAGAGAGCUCGGAUGCUGCGGAAAAGCCUGGAGCAGAAGUUGAUGUCGGCGAUGUUGCAGAAGUGGGUGGAGAUGCAUGCACUGAGGGUGAAGCAGCACAAGGCGGACUACUACCGCAGGUGCACAAUGUUGUCGCACAUGUGGUUGUCGUGGCAACACUUCACGGCACUGUCCAAACAGAAGAGGUCCCGGAGGCAGCAGGCAAUUGCCUUAUAUCGAGAACAUCUCCAGCGCCGGAUGUUGGAGGAGAUGCAGCAGACAUACCUGAAACACCAGCGUGCCUGCAAACACUACAGACUGAGGACACUGGCUCAGAUAUUCCGGGGCUGGCACCAAUCGUCCCAGGUCUGUAAAGUAGAACGACAGCAUGACCUGAGCCGAAGCCAGGACCACUGGCACUCCACCAACCUCCGCCGCUUCUUCGUCUACUGGCGUGAGACGCUCUGGAAUCUCCGCGCCAAGCGGAUGGAUGAGAGGAAUAUUUGCCUCCAUAUGUUCUCGCUGUGGAAGGAGAAAUGGCUGACUAACUUGUCACGUCGACGCUACAUUGAGAAACAGAUCGAGAUGAACAAGUUGCGACGGUCGCUGCAGGUGUGGCGUGACAAUGUGGUGCAGCUGCGUCGUCGUCGUGCUGCUGCCAUCUACAGUCUGGAAAAUGCCCUUAUGAGACAGAUGCUUGGAGACUGGAACCGAUACACCGGGCUACGAGGAGAUAUGAGAAUGCAACCAAAAUGGCGGAUUGUUUCCCGGGUAUGGAAGAGGGAGUUCGAGAAGCGAGUGGAUGAACAGACAGCCAAGAGAUUCUGGUCCAACCAUUGUGCGAGGAAGGCGAGUGUCACGUGGCAGCUGAUGUGUCGGAAGCGCCGUCUGCAGACCACGCUGGAGGAGACAGAGCCCCUGAGGCAGCUGACACUCAUGCAGGUGAUGUUCCUGCGCUGGGUAGAGGCAAAGAAAAAGGUGGAUCGGGAGAAGCAGGAGGCAGCAGAGAUGCGUGGCAUGUUGCAGAGAUGCCAACUACGUCGUCGCUUCAACACGUGGAAGGGUGCCACUCGUCUGGCUCUCACCAUCAAACCCAUGGUGCAGAGUAGACACCACAAACUGGUGACACAGUGCUUCCAGGGUUGGCAACAGCUGACAGCUCACAAGCGGCAGUGUUGUCACAGUCGGGAUGAGUUCCUUAGGACCUGCUUGCAGAAGGCCCUCGACAGAUGGAGGCGUCAGUACAAGGUACAUGAGAUCGAGCGGCAGAUCAAGCACCGGAUGAAGACUGGCAUAGCCCUGGUGUGUCUGGAGGAGUGGAACUUUGUCAUCCGACGUAAACAUGCAGCUCAGCAGUUCCACAAUGCAUACCUCCAGCGAGACAUGUUCACACACUGGAGAGACCGCACCAGUAGAAAACUGCAGCAGGAGGCCGAGGCUCGAGCAGAGAAAGAGCGACGCGAGAACCUAAAGAGCUACUACUUCCAUCUGUGGUGGUCAAACGUCCAGGAGCAGAUGGUGGACACAGAGGACGCCAUCAUGAUGCUGCAUCAGCGCCAGGCCCACAACCGCAUCCGCCGCAGCUUCCACUGGUGGAGGACGCACCUACAACAUACGCGCAGUAGCAGGGCCUACUUUCAGAUGCUGUGUGAGAGGACAUUGAGAACGGUGCUGAUGGAGUGGCAUCUCACCACAGACAGCUCCCUCACCGAUGCUGUGCAUCAAUUCCGUGAGGACAUCGGUCUCCCUCCUCUAGAUCCAGACCUAUCAGAAGACCGGGAGACUGGACUUGGAUAUAUGUCCGAGGGCUCCGUUGCCAGCAGUAGCGGUUUCCAUAGCAACAAAGAGCUGUCAUUAUGGCCAGACUUUGAUGACAACAUUGACAGAGGAUCAGAGAGCCCCAGGUCUACAUCAUCAGUUGGACUUCCCUUCCGGAGUGUCCCUCUGUUCUCACUAGGUUGUUGUCCAGGGCAGGCAGCCAGGGAGAUGGUGACCGGUCACUCUACAGGGGCAGCCAGGGAGAUGGUGACCGGUCACUCUACAGGGGGGAGCCUGGACAGGGUGUGGCAGGCAGCAGUAGGCGACCGGUCAGUCCACAGUGGCAGUCUCUCUGGGCUCGAGGUGUUCGAGGAGAGAUCUCUCAAGCGGGAGAGACUCAAGGAUCUGGUAACAACGGCAGUAACUCGGAUGCGAAUGUGGCCCGUCAGUUCGGUGUUUGACCAGUGGCUAGAGUUCACAGCCAGACAGAGGGAGCUUAAGUCACUGUCGUCACGGUUACAGCAACUGCAUGACCACACCACUCUGGUCAUCUUCCUCCAUGACUGGAAGACCCAGCAUGCUGACAUGGUCAAGGCUAACACCCACUGUAACAACGUCCUGAUGAGAAAGUCUGUGCGAGCUCUGGCAGAGUACAGGCAGCGACGUGGUGACAAGAAGAAGUUAUCCGACCUUGCUGGACGCUACAACCAGCUCAUUGUCUACAAGCAGUACUUCCCACUCUGGCUAGCAAAGACUCAGGACCGACAGCACCAACACAACAUCCUCCACUUGUGGUCCAACACCACGCCUGAAGAGCAGAAGUUACUUCCCUUAGAACGGAGUCUGACACGACAGUUCUCCCGACGGACACUGCGACUCUGCUAUGCCAUCUGGUCACUCAAGUUCCAGUUUGCAUCCAAAAUUAAACAUGCCUACCAUUCAGGACUACUCAGGAGGACACUUGGCGGCUGGCAGGAGUGGAGCAAGCAGCGCCAGGAGAGGCGGGAAAAGUGUGACACGUUCAGACAGCAGCGGGUCACAGCACUGGUGUUCAGAUUGUGGCAACAACGUCUGGAACAGAAGAGAGAGAGUGACAGACGUUACACAGAGUCCUGGCAGAGGUACCUCCACACAGUCCUUGUUACAUGGAAACAGUGGUCAUCAGUGACCCAUCAGCGCCGCGAUACAGCCAUGAGCGUGAUGACACGGGCCAACCAGAGCCUCCUCAGACAGAAGCUUGUGUAUUGGAGGAGUCUCACUGUGAGAACUCAGGUCACUAGACACAACAGGAACUCUCACCUCACAGCACGGGUGUUCUGUGCAUGGCAGGAGUUCAUCGCACACAGGAAGAGAACACGCCAACUAAUUCUCCAGUUCCAAGUGCGCUGCUUCACCAACCAGGUGAAGCAGUUGUUUGGCCAGUGGCGGCGCCAAUACAUGAGCCGGCUGCGAGAGAAGGCGGAGCACCAACAACUGGUACAGAUGCAGGCCCUUCAACUGGCUCGUGUGUGGAGGAAGAAGGCCCAGACAAGUCGGGGCAGGAGGCUGUACGCUCAGCUCCAGGAGGACAAGGUGAAGCAGUAUUUCUCUGCAUGGAAGACUGCCUACCAGCUGUGUUUGGAACGAGAGGAGGUGUUAGAGCGUCACCUGGUGGCCAGAGCAAAGCAGAAGCAGAGAGAGGCGUUUGAGACAUGGCGGAUGCAGAGACUGGCUGACCAGGCCGGCCGGAUGUACAACAUGAAGCUGAAGGUGGCUGUGGUGCAGGAAUGGAGAGCCUGGACUAAGGGUGCACGAGAACGGCGGAUCCGUGGUCUGGCACUACAGAAGGCAUUGCAGGAGCGAGUGCUGACAGUGUACUAUAAGUACUGGGUGGAGCUCACCCGUGUCCGGCAGAUGGUGCAGAGUCACAGCCAUCUCAAACUACAGCUCAGAAUUGUCCAGGCCUGGCACUUAUACACCCAGCGACAGCGCACCCUUGUCCAUCUGCACAGCUUCCUCACCAACAAAGUGAACCAUCGCCUCACCCAGUCAGCCUUCCUCACUAUGAGAUGUCGCAUGGACUACUGCCAGGGGCUGACUGAUAUGGCGGCCAGCCUCCGGGAUGGUCGGGACCAGAGACUGAUGCGUGACGCUCUCCGGACCUGGCAGACCAGGCUGGACAACAAGAUGGCCGCCCGGUGCUACGGCAAGUUCCUUGUUGUCCGCACAGUGCGGAAGUGGCGGAGGUUCGUACGACAGCGGAAAGAGGAGCGGAGGAUCGAGAGGGAGAAGAUGGAGAUGGCAGCCAAGCACUACAACAAGAAGCUGUGUCGAAUGGCUCUGAGAGGGCUGCACAACGAGCUGCAUGUGAAGCACCAGCAACAACGUCGACAGAACAGAUUGGUUGACAAGUACGCCAGACAGUGGAAAAGACAGACAGACCUUGCAUACACUGCCAGAUGUGUGGAGGAGGAGCGUUUAUACAGUCGGAUGUGGAAUGUGUGGCGUGUAGCUUUCAGUCGCAGGAGAGCCGCUGACCACAUUGGAACUUUUGAUAGGCGCCACCUCAUAUCUCGGGUUUUCUCGGCAUGGAGGUGCCUGACAGUAAAGAAGCCAUCUACACAAAGGUUAUCAUCAAUCCCAGUGGCAACAUCCAUGCUGCUGCACUCAGCGCCAAAUGACAGUGGUCACAUGGCUCGGUCUUCUCUGAUCCCUAGUCUACAGUCCCGUCAGAUCUACACAAACAGGAAGUGAGGAGGCCACAGACCUCAAGGUCAUCCCGAUACCAGCCACACCAGGUUGUCCGAUAGAAGAGAUAUCUUCUGAUUAAAUGAUAUCACCAUCACUCUGUGUGAAAAGACAUGGCAUCACCUCAUGGAUAAUUGGCUGAAGCAUAGAAGCAGGUGGUUUUGGUGUCAGAGGAUCAGUAGUUCUGACAUCUGGUCAUAUUGCUAUGACCAUUGCAGAUGUAUAUACCCUGCUGAAAACCUUUCAGUCACACUGGCUGUGUUACACCACUGAUAGAGCUGGUAUUGUCCUUCACGUUAAGGGUAUUACCUCCCUUGGCUAAAUUACCCCCCUUGGCACUGGCGAGCAAUCCUCACAGUUCAUUUCACAUAGACACCGUUUUUGAAGUGGGCAGAACAGAGACGAUCAUUCUUCAGAUUGGCCAUAAAGUUUGGGCUCACGCUUUUUAUUCUUUGCAGCGAUGCAGCGUGGACCGAUUUAUCUGCUGGAAAUCUAUGAAGGCUAAUCACCUUGCCAUUCUCUAUUUCCCCACCAUAGUUGGAACACACACAGCAGUAAUGUCUGUUUCAAGUUUUCACUUUUGACUGGUGAUUAUUAGAAGUGGCCUUAUUGCUCGCCGGGAAAUAAAGUCACACUGUUUUCACAACAAAAGAGUACACAAGGGAGGUAAUAAUUCAGGGGAGGUAAGACCCUUAUCAAAAAGGACUAUAGCAUGAUAUCAGUAAUACAUUGCUCCAAAUAGUCUGCUUGUGGAGUGGUUGGAUAUUUAUAGGGGAGUUAACUAUAGAUCAUAAUGGUGCCUAUGUAAACUGUAAAUCAUUGAAGCAUUUCUGUGAUAAGGGUGCUAUGAUAUUUCAGAUGUUUUUUAACAUCGUGUACUGUGUUUACAUCUUGUAGUAGAAUUUGUUAUGUGUUAUCUAUUGUUUGUCUAUUUAUUUCGUAUUAGUAAUAUUAUUAUGAUUGAAGGGUAAGAUGAUUUGUCUCAAAAUGUGACACAUGUAUAUUGUUAAUACAUGUACAGUCGGGCACUGUUGUCUCGAUAUUCAGGGGACCAAGACAAAAUAUCGAGUUAUCCGAACUUCGAGACAUCCGACCAGGGCAUAUCGUCACAUAUCACUAUGAAAGAAAACAAAACGUUUCUCAGUAUGUUUUGAUUCAAAACUAUAAUCUGUUAUCAGUCGUGUUUAGUCGUAACAGUGAGUACUUCCUAAUUAAUUCCUUCUUCAUUAAUCCUAAUUACAUAACAAACAGGUGACACCUUCAACUCAAUUAACCCUAAUUAGUUUACACUACCACAUCCCUUUGAUUCAUGCCGCACCAUGUGUAAACGUGUGGAAACAACCUCAGUUCAGACGGAUACUUGC